CAAAAAGUAAAAUCAACAAAAAUAGAAACACAAAAUUGAGUGGUAAACAGUUUUAAUAAUACAAUUUUUGUUAAUUAUGUACUUGGACUCGUCUUACCCUACGGCCGUAUUUUGUAUAAUAGCAACCGAGUUUUGCGAGCGAUUAUCAUUUUGUGGUUUAAGAACAAUUUUGUCAAUAUAUUUAAGAAAUAUACUCCUAUUCAGCGAAGAUACAGCAACAAUAAUUUAUCAUAUUUUUAUCAUGAUUUGUUAUAUUAUACCAUUGAUAGGUGCUAUUUGUGCAGAUAGUUUCUUUGGGAGAUACAGGACAAUCCGAAAUUUUUCACUAAUAUACCUUUUGGGAAAUCUACUUAUGUGCGUAGCAGCGAUUCCAGUUCUGGAUCAUAACCCAACUCUAAUGUCAGGAAUAGGCUUACUACUUGUGGCCAUCGGAACAGGAGGUCUUAAGCCAUGUGUGGCUGCUUUUGGUGCUGAGCAGUUCCAUUUGCCAGAGCAGAGUGACCUACUAAGAUAUUUUUUUUCAAUAUUCUACUUCACGAUCAACCUGGGAGGCUUCGUGGGCAUGAUUUUAACUCCGGUGAUGCGCAAAGCGGUUACGUGCUUUGGGGAUGACACCUGUUACGCUCUAGGAUUUGGCUUUCCUGCAGUGCUUAUGCUUAUAUCUAUUCUGCUUUUUAUACUGGGAAAGAGCUUCUACAAAAUGAAAAUUCCCAAGCGUAAUAUCAUGGUGGAAUUUGCCAAAUGUUCUUCGUACGCGCUUAUCAAAAAAUGUAAAACUCCGAAAAGCCAAGCCAGAGGAAGGCACUGGCUGGAUUAUUCCAGAAAAAAGUUUGACCAGAAGUUGAUUUACGAUAUGAAAAUUGUUUUUGCUAUUUUAUUAGUGUUUGUUCCUGUGCCUCUCUUUUGGUCGCUAUUUGAUCAGCAGGGAUCUAGAUGGACAUUUCAGGCAUCUCACAUGAACGGAAACAUAUUCGGGGUCCAAGUAGUACCAGAUCAAAUGCAAGUGAUCAAUCCAGCAAUGGUUUUGGUGAUGAUUCCCAUAUUCGAUAAGUUGUUAUACCCCUGUUGCGAAAAAAUCAAUGUUUUUAAGAACCCACUGCAUCGGAUGGCCUUUGGCGGCCUGGCUGCUGGACUGUCAUUCUUCGCAGCUGGACUUUUGGAGUUAAAACUGGAAAAAUCAUAUCCGCAACUACCAGGGAAACGACAAGCUUCCGUGAACAUUAUAAAUACUUUGCCUUGUAGCAUUAUUAUAUCAAGUCCUUUCCGUAGGUUACAAGUUUUGGAUGCUGAGAAGAUUUUAAGAUUUCAAAACUUGAAAUGCCAUAAUAAAACGCUUUACAAUCUCCGUGUUAAGGCACCUAUUGAAUGUCAUAACCUGCGGUUGAACAAGGAGGAGUUUGAAGUCACUGCGCUUCUACAAGAGUUGCAGGAAGAUAGUUUCCUGAUUGGAGUUGACGACCACCAUCAAGUCAAGGGAUAUAUAUCGGAGGCUGUUGACUUUUCCACCUCAAUUUCUGGAGCUCCAAAGUUCCGGGUGGACUUUGUCAAGAAUACAAACACUUUAGAAGAUGUAACAGUUUCUUUGACAAGCACUUCUGGACUUGAGGAUGUUUAUUUUGUGGGUGAUCAGCCUAAUAAAACCACCAUCAUUGUAUCACCGUAUAUUGAAAUACCACAAGGAGUGUUUGAAUGUAAAAUAAGUAGCAAAACAAGGAGCGAGUUAUUCUUGAAAAAGUUUCACUUUUCAUUGGGUGGGGUAUAUUCACUAAUUGUCAGGGAGAAUAAAGGAGAAAUUAAGUUUGUAAAGCUAUUUACAAUGUCUGACCCGAAUUCUGUAAAUAUUUUGUGGCAGCUGCCUCAAUAUUUCUUGAUUUCUGUGGCUGAAAUCAUGUUUGGAGUUGCCGGAUUGGAGUUUUCUUUUACACAAGCGCCAAAAAGUAUGAAAACAGUUACGAUAGCCGCUUGGUACCUAUCUUCAGCAGUAGGUAAUCUCUUCGUAAUAAUCAUAACACAAAUUAAUUUUUUUGAAAGCCAGGCUCAUGAAUUUUUUAUGUUCGCCAUUUUAAUAGUCAUUGAUAUGAUGGUUUUUAUGGAAAUAGCUUCAAAAUAUAGUUUUGUUGAACUGGAGGUAGACAGCUCGGCAUUAAUUGCAAAUAUACCAAAUAAACCAGUAACCAAUGAAGAGAAUAUUGAAGAAGAAGAUGAAUAAUAAAAGUGUAAAUAAGCAUGUAAUAUAUUAUUUCUAAAAGAAAAA